GUUUUGCCCCACCAUCAAAAUUCCCACAUCGACUUCCACAUCGACACCGACAUCGACAGCAGCUCAACGCUAUCGCCGAAGCCCGCUAGAUACCAUUGCCGCUUGCACCAAACUCGAGACUGCUCGAGACUGGAAUCUCACAUCGGAGAGAUCGGCCACGCACGACACAAAGCAGCACUUGACACGUAGAAAUCAUGGCGACCACGGUGGACAAGAUCAAGGAAAUCGAGGCCGAAGUACGUUGGCCGAGCUGCCAAUCCCCCUCCCCCAGCGGCCCCUACUCCCCGUUCGUUAGCAUGGAUCUAACCAGCCCUUCUGUUCAAACAGAUGGCCCGAACGCAAAAGAACAAGGCCACCUCGUACCAUCUCGGCCAGCUUAAAGCCAAGCUCGCCAAGUUGAAGCGCGAGCUUCUCACGCCGUCGGGCGGCGGCGGCGGUGGCGGGGCGGGCUUCGACGUGGCCCGGACGGGCGUCGCGAGUAUCGGCUUCAUCGGCUUCCCCUCGGUCGGCAAGUCGACGCUCAUGUCGCGCCUGACGGGCCAGCACUCCGAGGCGGCGGCCUACGAGUUCACCACGCUGACCAGCGUGCCGGGUCAGGUCAAGUACAACGGCGCGGCGCUGCAGAUGAUCGACCUGCCGGGAAUCAUCGAGGGCGCCAAGGACGGCAGGGGUCGGGGUAGGCAGGUCAUUGCCGUGGCCAAAACGUGCCACCUGAUUUUCAUCGUGCUUGACGUCAACAAGCCUCUGACGGAUAAGAGGAUCAUUGAGGCCGAGUUGGAAGGGUUUGGCAUCAGGAUCAACAAGGAGCCGCCCAACAUCACCUUCAGGAAGAAGGAUAAGGGCGGAUUGAAUAUCACGAGCACGGUGCCGUUGACGCAUAUCGACCAUGAUGAGAUCAAGGCGGUUAUGAGCGAGUACAAGAUUAGUUCGGCGGAUAUCGCUAUCCGGUGCGAUGCCACCAUCGAUGACUUGAUUGACGUUCUGGAAGCGAAGAGCCGCAGCUACAUACCCGUCAUUUACGUUCUCAACAAGAUUGACAGCAUCAGCAUCGAGGAGCUUGAUCUGCUCUAUCGUAUCCCCAACUCGGUACCCAUCAGCUCGGAACACGGGUGGAACAUUGAUGAGUUGAUGGAGGCCAUGUGGGAGAAGCUGAACUUGGUGCGUGUUUACACCAAGCCCAAGGGCAAGAUGCCGGAUUAUGAAUCACCGGUCGUGCUACGUUCGACAAGGUGCACUGUUGAAGAUUUUUGUAAUGCUAUCCAUCGGAGUAUUGUUGAACAGUUCAAGACUGCUAUCGUCUACGGCAAGUCGGUCAAGCACCAACCGCAGCGUGUGGGGCUCUCUCAUGAAUUGGCCGAUGAAGACAUAGGUAAGUGGCUCUUGCUCAAAGUACCGUGAUUGAAGCCCUGCAACUCGGGAUGCUGACCCGCUUGC